AUGCGGGCUCUCACAAUCCUCGGCGCCGUCGUCGCCGCAAUCUCCUCCCUCAUGUACAUGCUAGACUCCCAUCUGGAAAAGUUCUACAUCUUCACGCCCUCAGAGCUGAAUGAGCUAUCUCUCGCCGCCAUUGAGGCUCAUGGCAACGAUACCCGCUCCGCCGUCCACUACAUCGUCUCUCAUCUAUCCACAACCCACCCCAAUCACGUGAACCUGGACGAAGAAUGGAUCUUUAACAACGCUGGCGGAGCUAUGGGUGCCAUGUACAUCAUCCACGCCUCCAUCACCGAAUAUUUGAUCAUUUUUGGCACGGCGAUCGGAACGGAAGGCCAUACGGGACGCCAUACGGCGGAUGAUUACUUUUAUAUCCUCAAGGGCGAGGAGUUGGCAUAUAGCCCUGGGAGUUUUGAGCCGGAGAGGUAUCCGCAGGGCAGUAUGCACCAUUUGAAGCGCGGCGAUGUCAAGCAGUACAGUAUGCGGGAUACGUGCUUUGCGCUUGAGUAUGCUAGGGGGUGGAUUCCACCUAUGUUGUUCUUCGGAUAUGCGGAUACCUUUACGAGCACUUUGGACUUUCCCACCCUUUGGAGAACUACCUGGAUUACGGGCCGAGAAAUGGUGACGAACCUGGCGCAGAUGAAGCUAUAA